AUUAUGAAAAUGAAUACCAAGAAUAAUAAGUUAAAUUUUAUCCGCUUAGGUAGGAUUUUAGAGUUAUCAUUAUACCCAUCUUUGGUUCACGUGCUUAGUGAAGUGCACAAAGCAGAAGCUAUAAGUUAUAAUCAUAAAUUUCGCAAAAUUUUCAUGAACAGACUAGCUGAAGAUCUAUGGUAUAAUAAUCCGUUAUAUCCAGAACGCAAAAGAACAUUGGUUAGUAGCAAUCCAUUUACUAUGGUUAGUAAUGAUUUGUUACGAACAACAUCUAAAUUUUCUUGGGGUUUAUCACGAGAUCAAGCGGCUACUAUUAUACAGUCAGCGUAUCGUGCACACAUAGUCCGGAUACAGUCUGACGUGGCGGAAAUGAGAGCUUUUUGGCGAAUUCUGACGACCAAAGGUCGCAAGUAG